AUGGAUACAGCAGCAUUCGGCGAGCAGCAUAUUGCAAAGGGCAUUGGUCGCCUCACCAAACAUGUCUUUGAAGAUGGAAAGGGCACAUUCAUCACCACGGACAAGGGCGUCAAGCUGCUUGACAUGACGGCCGGCAUUGGUGUUGUGAACCUUGGUCACUGCCACCCCAAAGUCAGCGCUGCCGCAGCGGCACAAUGCAACAAGAUCACACACGCCCAAGUCAACAUUGGCUUCAGCUCCGCCCAGAUCGCUCUUCUCAAAGAGCUCAUCCCGAUACUUCCCCACGAAUCGCUCGAUACCGUCUUCUUCUGGAAUUCAGGUGCAGAAGCAGUUGAAGCAGCCGUCAAACUGGCCCGUGCCGCAACAAAGAAGCCGAACAUCAUCGUUAUGCAGGGCUCAUACCACGGUCGUACAAACGCGACAGCCUCGAUGACGAGAUCUAAAACUAUUUACGGCGAAGGUCAUGGACCUCUGAUGGGUGGCGUCUUUGCGUCAGCAUUCCCAUACUACAGCCAGUUCGGCAUGUCUCCAGACACACCGAAGGAGCAGCUCGUGAGCCAGGCACUGCUUCAACUGAAGCUUACCCUGCAGCAGCAGACGUCUCCCGCAGAUACCGCAGCUGUCAUUCUGGAGCCCGUUCUUGGCGAGGGAGGCUACGUCCCGGCACCACCCGAGUUCCUUCACGGCGUCAGGCAGAUUUGCGACGAGCACAACGUCCUUUUCAUCGCUGACGAGGUCCAGUCUGGUAUGGGCCGCACGGGACACAUGUGGUUCGUGCAGGAGUCUGGCGUACGACCAGACAUUCUCAUCUUCGCAAAGGGCAUUGCGAACGGAUUCCCUCUAUCCGGUAUUGCGAGCAGUAAGAAGCUCAUGGACCUCCAAAAACCAGGAUCCAUGGGUGGCACAUAUGCGGGUAAUGCGGUCGCAUGCGCCGCCGCGACAGCAACAGUCAAAGCAUUCCACGAGGAGAAAAUUCUUGACAACGUCGCCGCGCGCUCCAAGCAGAUCUUCUCGUUCCUCCGCGAUCUCAAAGCUUCUGGCACCAAGGCCGGUAACUUGAUCGAAGAUGUUCGCGGGUCGGGUCUCAUGGUCGGUGUCCAGUUUGCAAACCCAGAACUGCAACGCGACUCAUCGAAUACUGCUGCACAACAUGCUCAGAGCCAGCCACAAAUUGCACCGAAGAUUGUGCAGGAAUGCGUCAAGCGAGACAUGCUUCUCCUCAGCACUUCGGUGUUCGACGUGCUGAGAUUCAUCCCGCCACUUACGAUCAGCGAGGAGGAGUUGAGCCAGGCUUGUAACAUCUUUAAGGAGUCCCUGGAGGCUGUCGCGAAGGAAAUGUAA